CACAUGUCUCACGUGUCUCAUGUUCUCUAGCUCUAGCUCUGUUCUAUAGUUCUAUGCUGUGCUGGUCUUUUCAAGCUAUGUCCACCAAGCUACCCAUUAUGUAAUGGAUGCUCCCAUUGAACCAUCACCUCGUUACCGUACAUUCUCUACUGCAGCUGAUGGACGCCAUUACUAUUGGAGGGGGCUUGGUCUAAGACGAGGGUCUAACAUCAUUGCUGUGUAUGAUCCAAGUACUGAGCUGUGGAGCCUCUUGCCCACCACUGGACCUCUACCCCCUGGAGAGUAUGGUGGUUGCUCUGUUUGUGUAGGUCGUUGCCUGUACACCUUUGGCGGUUAUGAUGGGUCUUCUUAUGUCAAUGACAUGAGCAAGCUUGAUCUGGACACUCUCCAGUGGACCAAAAUCAAAACCUCUGGUAGUCAGCCUAUGAAAAAGGCUGUCUGUGGACUUGUCUGUGUGAAUGAGAGAACUCUGUGCUGCAUUGGAGGAUACGGUAUUAAGGGCACCACACAACCAGGAUCAACAUUCACCAGGGACACAGAAUUUACUAAUGGACGUGGAUGGACAAAUGAGUUUCAAUUUUUCAAUGUUGAAAAUGGUGUCUGGUCGUCCCCUGAGCUCAGAGGAGAGAGACCUCCUCCCUGUAGUGGCUUCACCUUCACCAUGGUGGACAAACACAGGGCAGUCCUCUUUGGAGGGCGCCAACCUGGCCGUGAUUGUAGAGUCAAUGACGUCUACCUAUUUAAUUUGAGGGACAUGGAGGUCACUAAGGUGAGGCCAGUACAGGGAGAGCCAUGGCCAGUGGGGAGGGCAGGCCAUGCUGCCUGUUGUCUCAACUAUGGCCAGGACGACCCUCAACUACUGAUGUAUGGAGGAAGAGAUAAUGACAACAAGAUACUGGGUGACAUGUGGACACUGGAUGCCGACACUGGCAAGUGGACAGAGGUGACACCUCCUGAGUCAAUGACACCACGUUACCGCCACUCCAUCACUGCCACCAGUCUGGGACCAGGACUCACUGAGGUCCUCGCGUUUGGAGGCUCUCAGGAGGUGCUGGGAGAUACCAUUGCUGAGACCAUCAUACUGAGAUUUGAGUUGACUGGACCCUCAGCGUCUGUUGCUGGACCCUCGGCUGGGAAGUGGGCUCUCGUGGAUGUGGCCCACAACGACACUAGAGGCUCCGCCCAGCGACUGAGUGAGAAGAGGAUCAGACAAGCAACUGCUCGUGCCUCAUCAGUCAGUGAGACCAGCGACCACUCCUCUCAAGACCGGGUGAGGGCUCUGGAACAACAGUUACGAGCAGCAGAGCAGAGAGAGCACGACAUUCAACGUCGUCACCAACUACAGUUAGAAGAAAAGGAUCGAGAAUUGGCUAUUAAAGAUCUUGAAUUGACCGAAGCCAACCGUCGCCAUGGAGAUGCGGAGAGGAGAGCCCAGCUGGCAGAGGAGCGAGCAGAGGGUCUGGAGACUCAAUGGGUGGUCCAUCGUGGGAUGAUCCAAAUGACAGAGAGACAGCUCGGUGGGGGAGGAUGGGGGGUCGUCAAAGUGGCCAAGUUCCGAGGAAUCGAGGUGGCAGCCAAGACACUGUACGAGCAGCUCAGUUCCAUCUAUUAUCGACGCAUGUUUAUUCGUGAGAUGAACAUGGCGGCUCGUCUGCGACACCCACACCUGGUCCAGUUCAUAGGAGCCACGCUGGAGGGGGAGAUGAUCAUCCUGACAGAGCUCAUGGCCACCAGUCUGAGGAGGGUGCUGGAGGGAGGUCGUAUCUCACGUGAACACAUCCUCUCCAUCUCUGUGCAGGUCUGUCAAGCCCUCAACUAUCUCCACCUCAUGCAGCCAGACCCAGUGAUCCAUCGUGACAUCAGCAGUGCAAACGUCCUCCUCAACCCUCUACCCAAUGGCUGCUGGAGUGCAAAGGUCACAGACUACGGCUCUGUGAACACCCUGCGGAUGUUGAACACUGUCAAUCCGGGAAGUCCUGUAUACGCUGCCCCUGAGGCCGGUAACCCGUCCCUCCAGUCAACCAAGAUGGACAUGUUCAGUCUGGGGGUGCUCCUGAUCGAGAUGUGUUCUGACCAGUUUCCGAGCCAGGAAGAACGCGAGAGCUUAUUCCUCACCAUCCAAGACCGUCAGUUUUCUGACAUCAUCAGUCGCUGUAUUGAUAGAGAAAGAGACAAUCGACCAACCGCUCGACAACUGUUGAAUGAACUACAGUAGAACUGCACUAGAGAGAUAGUUUUGUUCAUCUACUAAAUUGGACGUUAUUAUGUGUUCGUUGUUAAUGUUAUAAUGUUUAUUGUAAGGCAUUAUUGAUUGAUUUGAGAAGAGACAACUGA